AUGACAAAGAAAAGAGUUGCACUAAUUAUAGGAUAUAAUGGAAUAGGAUAUAAAGGCAGCCAGAUAAACAAAGAUGAAAAGACAAUUGAGAAGACAGUGUGUGAUGAAAUAUAUGGUCUAAAAUAUAUUUCAGACAGGAAUGCAGAAGACUAUUCUAAGGUAGGUCUACAAAGAUCAUCUAGAACGGAUAAAGGUGUGCAUGCAGCUAUGCUUGUGCUGUCACUAAGGAUUGAAGUAGAUAAUAGAAGUAUUAGUGACUUGGAGAGGGAACUGAAGGAAAUCCUGCCUAUGCAUAAUAUAACACUGCACAGGAUAGUUGAAACAACAAAGAACUUUGAUGCUAAGAAUAGGUGUGAGUCCCGGGUCUAUGAAUAUUUUGUGCCCCUUAGUGCAUACACCCAAGAGAGUGAUGCACCAGAAGAUAUCACUAGGAAGAGAGACAUAUUCAUGGAGAGUCUGAAGAAGAUGCAAGGAACCCAUAACUUCCAUAAUUUCACAGCAACAAACCAAGAGAAAGGCCCAAAAAGGUUUAUAAAAAAGAUAGAAGUUGAAGAGUAUCUAUCUGAUGGAAUAAAGUGGUGCAGGGUUUUACUGCACGGCCAGAGCUUCAUGAUUCACCAGAUCCGGAAGAUGAUUGGGUUUGCCAUCCUGGCAGCCCAAAGGAUUCAGACUGUGGGAGAUGUGCAGGAGGCACUUGAUAAGGUUAUGUCACCUGAGAAAGUGAAUAUCCCUAAGGUCCCUGGGGAGUUGCUUCUUCUGUCGCACAGUUACUUCACAAAUUAUAAUAAGAAUUUCGGGGCAUCCAGGGGCGUAAUUGAUAAUGCUGGGUGUGAUGAGUAUAAGGCAGAGCACUUGUAUCCUGCAGUCUGCACCCAGGAGAAUGCAAAAUUAUUCAGUGACUGGCAGGAAGUGAUUGAUAAGCACUCUGAAGAAUUCUCAUACUUAAAGUGA